AAGAUUUUUAAAUUUUAUUUGAAAUUUACUAAUAUUUGUAGUUAAAAGAAAUUUGUUUUAAGUAAAAUGAUUAAUUAAAGUAUUAAAUUGGAUAGUAAAUUUGUUUGGUUAUUGUAAAAAGUAACAAAAUUUAAUUAGGGUGUUUGAUGUAGUUUACCCCGCAAUCCAAUAGAUAUCUUUUUUUUUGUGGAACAUUAAUAUAGAAGAUUCAUUUUUUUUUUACUACGAUGAACCUUCCAAAUAAAUUUUCCUCUUUAGUCAAAAAAAUAUAUAUGGAAGGUUCAGAAUACGUAGAACAAUACUAGUAAUCUAGUACGUACGAUGUAAGAAACAAAUCUCCGAUAUAUUUUUACUACUUACAAAAACAAAAAAAUAAAAUAUACUUUAAUAAAUACUUUGAAUUAGUGGUUGUAUCUAUUUGUAUUCUAAGCAUAAAUUCUAUUAAUUCAUUUAAUUUAUAAUAAAAUCAUUUUAAUACACAACUGAAUUAAAGUAGAUUUUUUAAUAAUAAUAUUUAAAAUAAAAUAAAAAUGUUUGAGAUGUUCUAAAAUAUUUUUUUCUAUAAUAACACUUUAUAAAUGGUGUUAUUAUAUUAUCACCCACACCCACCUUAUAAUAUUCUGGAUCUCCUCGCUCCCUUAUAUAUACAUAUGUACACACACUUCCACAUUACUCCCCAAAAAGCCUCUAACAGAGAGAAAGUGUACGAGUGAUAAGCCCACUCUCUACAUUUAUCAAUCACUUAAUGUGAUUGCCUUUAUUUAUUUAGAUAUACAUCAAAAAGUGAGAAUCAAAUCUCCCAACAUUAGUUCCACCCUUUAAAUCGAAGUAUUUUUGCCUGUAUACAUCUUAGAGAUGGUUUUGAUGGAUGGAAGGGACGGUUCUUCACCACCGCAGCCGAAGAUGGAUGCUGUUGAUUCGUACAAUCAAGAAAGCCCGUCUGAUUCUUUUUCGGAUGCUGAGAAGGUUGAGAAAAAGCGUGGAGGCUGGAGAGCCGUCACGUUCAUUUUAGGAAAUGAAACGCUUGAGAGACUGGGAACGAUUGGGUUGUUGUCAAACUUCAUGGUUUAUCUAACCAGAGUGUUCCAUUUAGAACAAGUCAACGCUGCAAAUGUCAUCAACAUUUGGUUUGGUUUCACCAAUCUCACACCUCUCGUCGGCGCUUUUAUCUCAGACGCUUACGUCGGUCGUUUCAAGACCAUCGCAUUCGCGUCAUUCGCCACCCUCCUCGGACUAGUGACAUUGACACUCACAGCAUCGCUUCCUCAACUCCACCCAGCAACAUGCAUUAGCAAAGAUCCAGUCAGUUGCAGCGGCCCGAACAAGCUCCAGUUCGGGACUCUGUUCUUAGGUCUCGUUUUCCUUUCAAUAGGGACAGGAGGAAUAAGGCCAUGUAGCAUCCCUUUUGGAGCUGACCAGUUUGACCAACGAACUGAGGAAGGUGUUAAAGGAGUGGCUAGUUUCUUCAACUGGUAUUACCUGACUUUCACUGUGGUUCUGCUUAUUACACAGACCGUCGUUGUGUAUAUUCAGGAUCAAGUCAGCUGGAUCAUCGGCUUUAGUAUCCCUACUGGACUCAUGGCUUGUGCGCUGGUUAUUUUUUUCGCUGGAAUGAGGCUUUACAUCUAUGUUAAACCUGAAGGAAGUAUAUUCUCCAGUAUCGCUCAAGUUAUCGUGGCAGCUCGUAAUAAGCGAAAGAUGAAGCUCUCGGCGGAAGAUGACGGCACAGUGACCUACUAUGACCCUCCCGUUAAAGAUAGCGUUUUACACAAGUUACACCGAAGUAACCAGUUCAGGUUUCUAGACAAAGCGGCGGUGAUAAAAGAAGGUGAUCUAACACCCGAGGGAGUUCCAGCGAACAAGUGGCGGCUAUGCAGCAUUCAAGAAGUAGAGGAAGUAAAGUGUUUGAUCCGAAUAGUCCCUGUUGUUGGAUUUCCCUCCUUAAGCCCAAAACUAAUUAAAUCAUAA